AUGGAGAUGAAGAAGAUCGCUUGCGGUGUGCUUUUCGCUGCUGCCUCCAUGACCGCCGUCAUGGCUGCGGAGGAAGCCGGAGCUCCGGCACCGGGACCCUCAUCCUCCGCCGCGGCUGCAUUACCGGCUCUUGGCUCUUUGGUUGGAGCUUCCCUUGUGAAGAGGAAGAAGAAAGAAGAGGAGAUUCUCUUCCAGGAGAAUGGGAGCUUAUUGUUGGAGGAACUCAUUGCAUCUUCAGGAGGUAUAUACAAUCCCAUCCGUACGUUUUCUUCCCACCAAAUCCUCCAAGCCACAAACCACUUCGACUGGAACUAUGUCAUCUCUGAAGACAGAUUCGUGUGGUACAAAGGCCUGAUUGAAAACAGACGAGUACUGAUCAAGAAAUUCCAAGACUGUUCCCUUUUCGACGCUGACAACUUUUACCGUGACAUCGCUGUCUCGUCUCUGAUGAGUAGCCAUAAGAACGCUCUCAAGCUCUUGGGCUGCUGUCUAGAGUUUCCUCAUCCCGUUCUCGUGUGUGAAUACCCGGAGAAUGGAGCUCUCAACUGUGUAAGACGUGCAAGGGAAGGAGCCACAAGGCCAUUUCCUUGGAAAGUAAGAUUGAAGAUCGCUAAGGAAAUUGCAGAAGCUGUAACGUAUCUUCAUACUCAGUUCCCAAGAACCAUAAUCCAUAGGGAUUUAAAGCUUGCAAAUAUAUUCUUGGACGAGAAUUGGACCGCCAAGCUCUCUUCUUUCAGCCUCAGCAUACCGAUUCCAGAAGGAGAGACAGGGGUAAAUGAUAUGGCUUGCAGGACAUCAAGCUAUAUCGAGCCAGAUUACCUCAAUACAGGUUUUGUCACAGAGAAUGUCGAUAUCUAUAGCCUUGGGAUCAUCAUGCUAAUUCUUUUGACAGGGAAGUCUGAAUACACCUCGGAGGUCGCUGUUUAUCUUCCUGUACUGCCUGUCUAUGUUGGGAAGUUGCUGGAUCGAGGUCUCUUGACUAAAGUGAUAGACCCGUCGAUGCUGGAAAGCGUGAGUGACGACGGCAUCCCCGAGCAUCUAAGACUGCAAAUGGAAGCAUUCAUUGAGCUUGCUUUUAGAUGUGUAAAAUUCAAACAGGGAGAGAAGGUACUUCACAUGAUAGACGUUGCAAGAGAACUCAAGAAGAUAGAGAAAACAUACCUGACACCGCAAACUGUUCUGGUGAGACUCGAAACAGAUCCGUCUCUUAGUAGUGAAGAGUUGUUAUGA